AUGAUUAAUCACCACACAAUGGCCAGCCUGGGCCACCCGCACUAUGGGUUCGCGCUGGGAAAUGGGAUGGAAAUUCCCCCGGCGGCCGAUUUCGCCCCGCAACCCCACCACAGCCCCGGUUCACCCACGGAUCAUCUCGACAUCAAGCGUGGGUUGCAUUUUCCACCGUCCUCGUUGGCCAGUCUGCAAGGACACGGUGUGCAUGGGUUAGGUGGUGCUGGUGCUGGUGGUCACCACCAUCACCAUCAUCAUGGUGGAGUUGGGCAGGGUGCCGGUAUGGGGGGUGGUGGAAAUGGACAAACCUCCCCCGGGCAGGAGGGUCACAUCAAGCGACCGAUGAACGCGUUCAUGGUGUGGUCCCGAUUGCAGAGGCGUCAAAUCGCGAAGGACAACCCGAAGAUGCACAACUCCGAGAUCUCGAAACGGCUCGGUUCCGAGUGGAAGCUGCUGACGGAAGCCCAAAAGCGUCCUUUCAUCGAUGAAGCGAAACGGCUGCGAGCCACCCACAUGAAGGAACACCCGGACUACAAGUAUCGGCCACGUCGUAAGCCUAAAAACCCGCUUGCAAACGCCGCCAACGGGUUGGGGGCACUCGGAGCGAUGCAGCAAGGUGGCAAAGCGUCCCUGGGGUCUUCGUACCCAUUCCCGCAGCUUCCACCGUACUUCGCACCCACCCACCCACUGCAGCAGCUCGAGCAGCACUAUCCGGUGCCGUACUUUGGCAGCUUCGAUCCGCUAGCCCUGCAAAAGUUGCACCAAUCGCAGCAAAGCGUCCAGGCAGGACAUUCUCCGGGUGGGCUUGGUGAUGGUGGGAAACAAUCGGCCGCCACCCAACAGUUGCCCCCAACCUCACUUAGCUCGUUUUACUCCAACAUCUACAGUGGUAUCUCGGCGGCAGCAGCUGCUGCUCCACUUUAUGCUGCCCACACGAACGGGCUGUACAACACCUCGUCUACGUCGUCAGCUUCGCCCGGUUCCAGCCCAAGUGGGUCCCAAUCGGCACUGCCUGACCUGGAGAAUGCGAUGCGAAGACCCGUGCAGGUCAUCUACUAA